CGCUAGCACGUUUCGCCGUCGAUUUCGAUAACGCAAAAUCGGAUCAAAUCAAAAACUAUAGCGUCCGUCCGUUCUGUUUACUUCUGACGCGACUAGCGUGCUAAGCGUAACCGUGACUCACACAGACAUAAAUAAGGGUUGACGAGCGGUUCAUGAGGACUGGAUUACAGUAUCGGUCUCUUUUCCGUGGGAACGCCAGAUCAAACGAGGGAUUUUUUUUGUCUUUUUUUUUUUUUUUUUUUUUUUUGCGUGGGCAGGAAAUUGCUACUUAAAAACGUAAUGCAAAUUUAGACUUUUAAAGCCAAGUGCUGGUCCAUGUCGAGUGGCUCUUAUUGUUGAGAGCGUCCGUGAAAUUAUACCGUCUGUGAGUGAGGAUCCAAUUAGCUGCUUCCAGAACCCCUAAUAGAUGCACCAGACGGAAGCUUAAAUGCGAAAUAAAAUCGUCUCGAAGGGUGAAAUACGUGUCCACUACUGAUAGUAGCUAAAGCUGUUCGUAGCAGGAGCAUCACUGGUGGGGAUUCUGGAUCAUGUGCACGCUGUAGGCACGUGAAAGUGGCGAGUUUUUUUCUCCCCGUGUGAGAGAAGCAGGAACCGCUCUGAACGAACGCCGCCAAGACGAUGGAUGUGAAAGUGGAGCCGGCUGCAGAGACAGACGGCGAUCAUCCGCCUCCUCUCCAGGUGUUCGCUCUCACGUCCACGCUGCACGGUAUCGCUCACAUCUUCUCCAACGAGAGAGUGACGGCCAGAUGCUGCCUGUGGCUGCUGUUCUUCCUCGGCUCCUUGGGCUUCCUGCUGUACGUCUGCGUGGACCGAGUUCAGUUCUACCUGGAGUUUCCGUACGUCACCAAAGUGGACGAGAUCGUGGCUCCGGCCAUUCUGUUCCCCGCCGUCACCGUCUGCAACCUCAACGCCUUCCGCUUCAGCAAGGUCACGCGCAACGACCUGUACCACGCAGGCGAGCUGCUCGCAAUGCUCAACUCCAGAUACGAGAUUCGGGAUGUCCACCUGGUCGAGGAGAGCGUCCUGGAGGCUCUGAAGAUCAAAGCUGACUUCCAGAACUUUAAGCCUCGCCCGUUUAACAUGCUCGAGUUCUACAACCGAACGGGCCACGACAUCAGAGACAUGCUUCUCUCUUGCCACUUCAGGGGAAAACCGUGUCGGCCCGAAGACUUCAAAGUGGUGUUCACACGCUAUGGGAAGUGCUACACAUUUAACUCGGGUGAGAGCGGUCCACCACUGCUCAGUGUGAAGGGUGGGAUGGGGAACGGCCUGGAGCUCAUGCUGGACAUCCAACAGGAUGAAUAUUUACCUGUGUGGGGAGAAACAGAUGAGACGUCUUUUGAAGCAGGGAUCAAAGUUCAGGUUCACAGUCAGUCUGAGCCGCCGUUCAUAGAUCAGCUGGGUUUUGGCGUCGCUCCGGGAUUCCAGACCUUCGUUUCCUGCCAAGAGCAGCGGCUGGUGUUCCUGCCACCUCCGUGGGGGAACUGCAAGAUGAAUUCGCCGGACUCUGACUUCUUCAGCGCUUACAGCCUCAGUGCGUGCCGCAUCGACUGCGAGACGCGCUACCUGGUGGAGAACUGCAACUGCCGCAUGGUGCAUAUGCCUGGUGACGCCCCGUACUGCAGCCCUGAGCUCUAUAAAGUGUGUGCGGACUCGGCGCUCGCGUACCUGGUGGAGAGGGAUAACGAGUACUGCAUGUGUGAGACUCCGUGCAACACCACGCGCUACAGCAAGGAGCUCUCUUUCGUCAAGAUCCCUAGCAAAGCCUCCGCAAAAUACCUCGCCAAGAAAUUCAGCAAGUCCGAGAAGUACAUCACAGACAACAUUCUCGUUCUGGACAUCUUUUUCGAAGCUCUGAACUACGAGACCAUUGAGCAGAGGAAAGCCUACGAAGUAGCAGGACUGCUGGGUGAUAUUGGAGGACAGAUGGGACUCUUCAUUGGCGCGAGCAUUCUCACUAUUCUCGAGCUCUUUGAUUAUCUGUAUGAGGUAGCGAAAUACAAGCUGUGUCGCUGCUCGGAAAAGAAACAUCAGAACAACAGCAGCGAUCAUGACACGGUGAUGGGGCGCAACGACGUCAAAUGUCACGUCAGCCAGUUUCAUUAGCGACCUUACUGUUAUAAACC